AAACAGCCUGCUGCUAUUACACAUGUCAACAACAGGCUUGUGUCUGACUAUAAGAACAUACUAAUAAUCAUAAGCAUAGCUGGGAUAGUCGCACUCAGGGACAACGACUGCUGCAUAUUUAGCGCAUAGUUUGGCUUAACAGACAGGAGGAGUCAUGCAGGCCUUUUUAAAGGGAGGGACUGUCCAGGCUACCAGACCUCAGAAAGACAAGACAGCAGCAGGACCCAGCUCAGAGAAGAAAGCCAGACCUAUGCCAUGGGUAGAAAAAUAUAGGCCAAAGUGUGUGGAUGACGUGGCGUAUCAGGAGGAGGUGGUAGCAGUGCUGAAGAAGUCACUGGAAGGAGCAGAUCUUCCCAACUUGCUGUUCUACGGCCCUCCUGGAACAGGAAAGACAUCCACUAUCUUAGCUGCUGCCAGAGAGCUUUAUGGUCCGGAGCUGUACAGACAGAGGGUUCUGGAGCUCAACGCCUCCGAUGAACGAGGCAUCCAGGUCGUCAGGCAGAAGGUCAAGAACUUUGCUCAGCUCACUGUGGCUGGGACUCGCACAGACGGAAAGUCAUGUCCUCCUUUCAAAAUCAUCAUCCUGGACGAGGCCGACUCCAUGACAGGACCAGCUCAGGCCUCUCUCAGACGCAUCAUGGAGAAGGAGUCCCGCACCACCCGCUUCUGUCUCAUCUGUAACUACAUCAGCAGGAUCAUCGAGCCUCUCACCUCCAGAUGUUCCAAGUUUCGCUUCAAGCCUUUAGCCAAUCAGAUUCAAGAGCAGCGUCUGCUGGAUAUCUGUGAAAAGGAGAAGCUCAAAUACACGAAAGAGAGCAUAGCAGCGUUGGUGAAGGUGUCUGAAGGAGACCUGAGGAAAGCCAUCACCUUCCUCCAGAGCGCCGCCCGCCUCAACGUUGACAAGGAGAUCUCAGAGCGUACCAUCAUAGAAAUAGCCGGGGUCGUCCCUCCCAAGAUGAUUGACAACUUGCUUCAGAUCUGCUUUAAAGGAACAUUUGAGAAGCUGGAGGUAGCAGUCAGGAAAAUGGUGGAUGAAGGCUACGCAGCCACACAGAUCCUCAGUCAGCUCCACGAGUCCAUCAUAGAGCAGGACCUCAACGACAAGCAGAAGUCAGCCAUCACAGAAAAAAUGGCGGUGGUGGAUAAGUGCCUGGCAGACGGUGCAGAUGAGUACCUACAGAUGUUGAGUCUGUGUUCACUCAUCAUACAGCAGUCCUCCCAGAACAACUGAAACUCUACAGCAGCAUCUCCUCUGCAGACUGAGUGCUCCUCCAGCAGGACCAACAGCACUUCACUCACAUUCUGCUCGGUUUGCUGGAGGACACCAGCUGAUGUUCACUAUCACAGACCAGACAUGUGAUUGUAUCCAAUCAGGAACAGUCUUCUCCUACUGAGACGAGCACUUCAUACCCAACAAACCUCUGUUACAGUCAGAUCACUCAUCAGAUGUGUCCUUCUUGUCAUUCAUGUAAUUAAUUACCAACAGAACUUUGUAAACUUUAUGUGCAUUUUGGAAAGUAAUAAAUAGUUGUUU